AUGUUGGAUGCCAAACCGCUUCCAGCGGAUCCAAGCGAUUGGCGAUGCGAAGAUGUGGCAGUUUGGUUGAGGAAGAUUGGAAUGGCAAAGUAUGCUGAUUUGAUUGCAAUUAAACAUAAGGUCGACGGCAAAUGCCUCCUUGCUCUCACAGACACCGAUUUGAAGGACCCUCCAGUUUCGAUCAACUGUCUCGGAGAUAUCAAGAAAAUUUUGUUUGGAAUCGAGAAGCUGAGUCAGAAAUCUGUGGAAAUCAGCAGUUCUCCGGUCUCUCGUCCACAUCAUCGUCCAUCUCCUUCAAACGGACACACACAAGCGUGGAAGGGCUCAAAAGAUGGGUUGUUGGUGGAAUACAACGAACAAAAUCAUUUGUCAAUUUCUGGAGAGGAUGUCGUCACAACCACUCGUCGAGCCGAAAUUGUUCAGGAUGAAGAGACGUUGUUGGAUACACUUGCAAAAUCGUCGGAUGGAACGUCCACGGUACAACUGAUCUCACGGGAGGAGAUAAUCCGACAAGUCGAGAGACCCGAUACGUAUUUCAAAUCGGUUGCUAAACUCCUUAUCGCUUUUGCAUACUCCUCGUUGUCGUUCCUUGCCACGUCAUUUGUUAUGGUUUUGGUUCAUGACAGAGUUCCAGAUACGAAGACGUACCCACCUCUGCCAGAUAUUGUUCUCGACAACGUUCCUCACAUUCCAUGGGCUUUCGAUAUGUGUGAAACAAUUGGAUUGGUGCUUGCCGUCGUUUGGUUCACUGUGCUCUUCUUUCACAAAGAGAGAGUGAUCAUUGCCCGGCGAAUGUUCUCACUACUUGGCACAGUUUUCCUUCUCCGUUGUUUCACCAUGCUCAUCACUUCAUUAUCUGUCCCUGGUAUCCAUUUGCAGUGUGAAGCAAGGCCCAACACUACAAUGCAAGAGAAACUGCACAAAGCAUUCCAUAUCUGGAGUAACCUCGGAAUGUCAUUGCAUGGUGUUCGAAGUUGUGGAGACUACAUGUUCAGCGGCCAUACCACUGUCAUCACCAUCAUCUCUCACUUCAUAACCGAAUACACACCAGCGGAUUGGACUGGUCUUCAUACCUUUACUUGGGUUCUUAACUGCUUUGCAAUCUUCCUCAUUCUUGCUGCUCAUGAGCAUUACAGUAUUGAUGUCUUUAUUGCAUUCUACAUCAGCUCUCGUAUGUUCCUCUACUACCAUGCCUACGCCUACAACCAUGCUGGAAUCACUGCAACCGACUACCGUAUGCGAACAUGGUUCCCCCUUGGAUGGUUCUUUGAGUACGGAUCACAGGGAAAGGUUGAGAACGAGUUCAGCCUCCCAAUCAACAUCCGAAUCCCUCGACGCAUUUUCUUCACCAAGACCGAGGAUCCAAAGCUCUCACCCAAGUCGGAACCGAGUCGGAAGAAAUCAGUGGUUUCUGUGAAACAAAACGGCAAUGGAAACUGCAAACACCAUUCCAAAAAACACAAUUAG